AAGAUGAACCAUGAACAUCUAUAAUAUCCGUAGCCAAAAUACUGGCUGCAUUAUUCCUAUGGGUUUACCUCUUUUUCUUUAAGGGAUACAAAUAAGAAACAUGUUCAACAACUUAAAAUUGGGUCUUGCAGAAAAAUGCUUAUAAUUAGAUCAGAAAAUUAUGAUCUUGAAAGCAGGCAUUGCCUGACAAAGUGAAUUCUGGUUUCAGGUUUAGAAAUUUAGGUGCAUUUACAUGGAGAAAGAUUUUUUUGUUUUGUUUUCUAUAAAGAGACCUAUUUUUAAAACGUGAAUAUCCAAGUAGUUUGUUUAAAUUUAAGGGUGCUGUUUUAUUCAGCUUCUAGACGUCUCCUAUCAGGCAACACAUUUUUGUUCUUGUGAAAGGAGGUUUCAGAUGCUUGUCAAAAAGACACUGGCACAGCUGCACCCUCCAGAUGUGCCACAAGCCAGUUCUGCGUGCAUAAAGCGAAGGGGUAAUGUUCCAUUUGGCCAGUGAAAUAGAGAAUUCUAGCAAAGAGCCUUUGGGAACAGCACUAAGAAGCUUGGAAAGCAGAUGAGGUGAAGUCAAACUGUGCACUACCAUCUGUUCUAGCACUGAGCUCCUUGCAUUUGGUAAGGGAUGAAUUUUCUUUCCUUUGAAUGGGAUUUUAUUCUAUAGGAUGUCUAUCUAAACUGUCUGUAAGGCAUUAAAAAUCUACAGUAUUAAUCAACAUACUGAAAUUCUGCCAAUCUUAUUCCAAAAGACAAUUAGCAAUAAAGUACUUUCUUGUUGAUAUUAGUGGUUCUACUUCUCAAGUUGGAUGUCUUUCCACCUGACUGACCCUCAUCAGGCUCUAGCAUGUGUAAGUGAAGAGCAGCACACCAAAGUCAGUAAUUAUCUUUGAAAUGUUUAAGCUAGAAAAGGCCACAAGCUGCCGAAUACUCAUACAAUGCUGCUAGAGGUCCUGUUAUCAUUUUUACAGGGCAAUGGACAGAAAUACAUUUUUUAAAAAUCAUUACCUAUUAGCUGGUGGUGUUAUUUUGCUUUAAUGAACAGUUUUUAAAUAGAUAUAGCUUUUUGUCUUCUGCCUCUGAAAAUAUACCAUAGCAUGAUACACCUUCCACAUUCUGUCUUCUGUCAGAGAGAAUUAGGAUGGCUGCAGCAAAGCUAUGAGAAGGAACUGCUCCUCUAACACUGUUUAGUUCCACAACUGUCUGAUACUGUUUCUGGUACAACUACCAAAACUUUUUAAGACAGGUAUCUGAACAAUUUGCAGUGCUGCGUUUAUGCAGGAGGACUGAUUUGAAAUCAAACAUUUUUUUAGGCAAGGUAUUACUUUAAAAAAAAUUUCCAUGUUUGCUGAGAGCACAGUUACAUCAGAAGAAAACCCAAACCUACCAAGCUGUGUUCUUUGUGUUCAGUAGUAAACCAACAUAAUAUACACACAGUGCUGAAAACCAGGGAUGUCCCUACUGCCAGAGACGUCAGUCUAAUUAGAUCCUUUGUAGCCUCAGAGCCCCAAAUGCUGAAAAACAUUUUGUAUAUGAAAUGCCCAUAAGGGCACAGCCCUGCUGCUACUUCCUAUUGAGCUGAGGUACUGGUAAUGGAAACUUUUACUACAUCAUGUUCUUCUGAGCAACUUCCCUAGCUGUGGUUUUCUGCUAUUCCCCUGAUAAAAGCACAAAAGUGGUGAGAGUUUAGCAAGUAUGUAAAACUCUUGCAUGAAUUUGACACCAGAGUUCUCAAAAGCAAAACUGUAUGAAAUUGGAGACGCCCAAACUAGGUCAUUUCUCAUCUGUUGGCACAGCAGGUGUUAUUGUGAUGUUAAAUUUCAAUGUCUGCUUUGAUUUAGUUCCGAAGAACUUUGACGGAAUUAGCGAGCACAAUGGGAAAUACUGUGAAAACUCCAAGAGCAUCUGAGGAAACAAACACGCCGAGCCAAACGGGCCAGGAGAGUGACUUCCUUGCUGUUCUCUAUGACUAUCCUUCAGCAGACAUAAGCCAACCUAUAUUUCAUGUAGGGGAAAAACUACGUGUGCUAUCAGAUGAAGGAGGUUGGUGGAGAGUCCAUUCCCUUACAACAGGUCGAGAAAAUUAUAUUCCAGGAAAAUAUGUAGCAAAGGUUUAUCAUGGCUGGUUAUUUGAAGGUCUGGGAAGAGAAAAAGCAGAGGAACUUCUACAGCUACCCAACACCAAGGUCGGCUCCUUCAUGAUCAGAGAGAGUGAAACUAGGAAAGGGUUGUAUUCCUUGUCAGUGAGGCACAGGCAAGUGAAACAUUACAGGAUCUUCCGCCUCCCGAAUAACUGGUAUUACAUCUCUCCACGACAAACCUUCCAGUGCCUUGAGGAUCUUGUCAAUCACUACUCAGAAGUUGCUGAUGGUCUCUGCUGUGUCCUUACAACACCCUGUCUCACCCAGUGCACUAACAACAACACCGUGAUGAAUCCAGUUCCUCCUGUGGUGAUGAGGAAUAAAAAUUUCAGCUGGAGAAACAUUCACAGGCUGGAGGUGACUGGAGAUACCAAAAGUACCCUGGCAGCAAUGGAUGACUCUUGCCUCAGCUAUGGCCUGAGGGAAAGCAUCGCUUCCUACCUCUCCCUAACUGAGGAUGACAACGCUUCUUUUGCAAGUGCCAGAAAGAAGAAAUCCCAAUCUCUCAUAUACACAGGGAACAAACGUAACAGUGCCCUUCACUUGCCAUCUACAUACUAUGACAACUAAAUUCAAGACAAACAGGAAAAAGCCACAAACUGACGAGUUAGGAGAGAAACCAGAGCAUCCUGUGGUCCUUCCACCCGUCAACAGCUGGGAGAUACAAUCUGCUAAGCUGGUGACCAAACACCAGCAGUGCUUCUGCAUUUCCUCUUUGAAAGAUCUUCUUAAGGGUGCUAUCCCAGCCAUGGCUUAUGCUGGGGGUGUCCCCAGUGCACCAGAACUAGAUCACAAGCAGGAUAAACUGAGACAGACUCUAAGUUAAAAGCCAAGUGGUGCAGGUGACUCUUCACCAGGCAAUGCCCAGUGUUGUACAGAGGUGACUGCACAGGGAAGAACUAACUGCAGCUCAAGAGCUUGAUUAAGUCUUACUCUGGUAUUCUCUACAAGGCUGAAAACUUUCUUUACAGAACUUAUCUACACUGAAAAAAGGAGCAUUUUUCUUCUCAAGAUAGACUUAUCCAUUGGCAUUGAGAAUGGGUCAGAGAGACAUCAAUAACCCCAAGAAAGUAUCUGGCAUCCAAGAAACACCUGAUUAUAGUGACUCUAUACUUAUAUUUUAGGAGAAAAAAAUUAAAUCAGUGAAUUUACAAGUAGCAUUUAAUUCACUUGCUGGCAAUGGUCUGCAGUGUCAUAAAACAGUCACAGAUUUAAGAACAAGCUUAAUUCACUGAGAAAAGCAGUUCCUACUUACAUCUGAGAUGGGAGUUCAGGCAUAACAUGUAACUCAGCUGCUCAUAGUAAAGCAGAUAAACAGGGAACAAAGGGGGGUUUAAUUGAAAAGCAAGAUGUCAUAAUAGUGUGCCUAACUGCAAAGGUUGGCUUGGAAAGGUGUGACCUUUUAUGUGUACAGGGACAUAUUUUAACUUUGACUUCUGAAGUCAGCCAUAUAUUUAUGUAUAAUAUUUAUAUUAAUAGCAGCUUUUAAAUAAUUAAAUGAAGGAAACAAAUCAGUAA